GCCACGGUGGGCCGGCUCUGGAACAUGCCAGGCGCGGCGGGCGUCGGGGUUUAUAUAGGAGCCCGCAGCCGCGCCGCCGCUCGCACGGAGCCAUGUACCGCCGCAGCUACGUGUUCCAGGCCCGCCGGGAGCGCUACGAGCGCGCGGCCGAGCCCGAGUGCGCGGCCCUGGACGCGAUCUCUGGGCCCCCGGGCCCCGCGCCGCUGCAGGGUCUGGGCGAGCGCGUGGCCAUCCAGGUGCAGCGUGCCAGAGCACUGGAGCAGCGCCACGCGGGUCUGCGGGGGCAGCUCGACGCCUUCCGGCGCCUGGACGAGCUUGCGGGGCCGGAGGACGCCCUGGCGCGCCACGCCGAGGCCAACCGGAGGCGCGCAGGGGACCUGGCGGCUGAGCGCACCCGGCUGCAGCGCCAGGGCGUUGAGGCGCAGCGCACACUCGAUGAAUUCCGGACGAAGUAUGAAAAUGAGUGUGAAUGUCAGCUGGUGCUGAAGGACAUGCUGGAGCGGCUAAACAAGGAAGCCGAUGAAGCCUUGUUGCGUAACCUGCGCCUUCAGCUCGAGGCCCAGUUCCUGCAGGAUGAUAUCAGCGCAGCUAAGGACAGGAACAAAAAGAAUCUUCUGGAAAUCCAGACCUACAUCAGCGUCCUGCAGCAGAUCAUCCAGGCUGCACCUCAGGCGCCUGCUGUCACAUAUGGGAUAAGGGAGGAGAAGCUCCUGACAGAACGCGAGGUGGCCUCGCUGCAGAGCCAGCUGGAGGAGGGCCAGGAGGCGCUAUCCCACCUGCAGGUGCAGCGGGCAGAGCUGCAGGCCCAGACCGCGUCCCUGGACCAGGCAAUUAAGACUGCCCACGAGUGUUAUGACGACGAGAUCCAGCUGUACAACGAGCAGAUCGACAGCCUGCGGAGGGAGAUUGAGGAGGCCGAGCGGACACUCGAGAGGACUUCGUAUGACUGCCGGCAGCUGGCUGUGGCCCAGCAGACCCUGAAGAAUGAGCUGGACCGCUACCAGCGCAUCCUCGAGAUCGAGGGCAACAGGCUGAGCUCCGCCUUCAUGGAGACGCCAGUUACCCUGCUCACCCCGAGCCACAGGACCCCCCUCAGCCUGGUACCCGGCGGGAAAGAUCUCACCAGGGCUGUGCAGGACAUCACUGCAGCUAAACCGAGGCAAAGAGGCCUCCCCAAGAACGUUCCAAGGAGGAAGGAGCUCACAGCUCAGGACAAAGCAGAUGAAAUUCUGGAUGAUGCCCCCAUAAAAGAUCCGGAAGACCCUAUGCUGGGGCAGGGGGCUGCCAAAGAGAAGGCUGAAUCCAAGCGUGAGUUAGGGGGCAGAGAAGCAGGCCCCUCAGCUCAGGAAGGGAGUCCGGAGGAUGUGCCAGAUGGGGGGCAGAUUAGCAAAGCUUUUGGGAAACUGUGCAAGAUGGUUGAGGAGAGAGUGAAGGCCCACAAAGAGCCUACGCCUGAGCCCCCUGCUGAGCUUUACACCAGAGGGCGCCAUGUGCUGGUCACGGGGGACGCUAGCUAUGUGGAUCCUGGCUUCUGCUCCUCCUCCAUCCCCACCAGAGGCAGGGUGGUGAUUUCUAUCGAGGAUAGCUCUGUGCAUGGGGACGGCCACGUGGAACCCUCUCCUGAGCAGCCCACACCACCUUCAGAGGACGGAACAGGAGGCCCCAAGGGGGACGAAGGAGAGCACACAGGUGACCAGCAGUCUGUAGACAAGGGGAAAGAGAUAAGACCCCAGGAACCAAAAGGCCCUGGAGUGAAGGGUCAGGGCCAGAAGGAAGAGGAGACCCCUAGGAGACCCUGCCCUGUGAUCAUCCCGGGACCGGAGGAACCGUCUACACCCCCACCUCCAGGGCCCCGGCCCUCUCAGGAUGGAGCAGAGGGGAAGAGCCGUGGCCGGCCAGAAAGGAGCCUUCCUAGGGCCAUGGCUUUUAAGAAAGUGGAGGUGGUGGAAUCCAUUGAGCAGAUUUCAACAGAGAGCAUUGAGACAUACGAGGAGACCUCUGUGGUUGUAGAGACCAUGGUGGGGAAGACGAAGGCAAAUAAGAAAUCAGAAGAGAAGGGCUCCUAGGACAGCUGGGCUCCAUGGGAGGCAUCUGGGGGCUGCUUUGAUAUCUUAGGGUGCGUGGUAAGUGUGAGGUUCCCGUGUGGCUUUAA